UGGUCGUCUCCAUCUUGGUUUUUGGUCGUCUCCAUCUUGGUUUUUGACCGUCUCCAUGUUGGUUUUUGGCCAUUGUCAUCUUGGUAUUUGUCCAUCACCAUCUUGGUUUUUGGCCGAGACAAAUCCAAAAUUUCAUUGUUUCAGGCUGACCAUCAGGAGGACUCCUUUAAGAUCUGUGAGUGAGUGAACGCCCACAUGGACCAUCAUCAUCAUCAUCAUCAUCAUCAUCCGGAUCUGUUGGGCUUCCCAUUCCCAUUGAGUGCUGCAGUCUGUGAAGUUCUGACUCUGAAUCAGUUCCAACUGAGAGACAUGGUAUCAACAGGUUCUGAUGAAUGGAGGGUUGUCCUGAUUGGGAAGACCGGGUCGGGGAAGAGUUCAGCAGCAAACACCAUCUUGGGUCGAGAAGCUUUUGAGUCUGAACUUUCUGCAAUAUCUGUGACAUCUAAAUGCAAGAAAGAAAGAGGAGAGGUUGCAGGGCGAAAGGUUGCUGUCAUCGACACUCCCGGGCUGUUUGACACCAGUUUAACCAAUGAAACUGUGUGGGAGGAGAUCGGUAGCUGCAUCGGUAUGUCCUCUCCUGGUCCUCAUGCCUUCCUGGUGAUUGUUCAGCUGGGCCGGUUCACAGAGGAGGAGAGACAAACCGUGAAAAUGAUUCAGGAGACUUUUGGUGAAGACGCCGAUAAAUACACGAUGGUGUUGUUCACUUAUGGAGACAAGCUGAAGAAACAAACCAUCGAAGCGUUCAUUUCCAAGAGCAAAGACCUGCAAGACAUCACUGGGAAGUGUCACGGCCGUUAUCACGUCUUCAACAACGAGGCGGAAAACUUGUCUCAAGUCAGUCAGCUUCUAGAGAAGAUAGACAAGAUGAUCGAGGACAACGGCGGGUCGUUCUACACCACAGAGAUGUACCAGAAAGCAGAGGAAGAAAUAAAGAAGGAGAAAGAACGAAUCCUGAAAGAGUCGGAGGCUGAGAGGAACAAAGAGCUGGAGGAAAUGAAAGCCAAAUAUGAAGGCGAGAGGCUGAGGAUGGAACAAGAAGCUAAGAGACUCAGAGAUGAGGCUGAAGCAAGAGCUCAGGCUGAGAGACAAAACACUGUACGACCCAAACGCAGAUGUGUAAUCCUUUGAGCAGCUGAAGCUUUAACAGCAAGAGCAACGGUUUACAUAGAAAUCGCAAAUCUUUGCUGAGCGUAAUGAGAGAAUAAAGUUGAUUCCUUUAUUGUUUAUUUCAUUUCUUGUAGUGGUGUUAAGGCUACUUUAGAUAAUACCAGGGGUUUGACUCUGUGGCACCCCCCCACUCCUACUUAUUUUUGUUACUACUAUUAUUCUUUGUCUUACUUCUGUUUAAUAAUGCUUUAAGUUUUGGAACUACAGUUCCCAAUGAGAGAUGUAAACAGGAAGGAUAAUGUCGCCCUGUUGUUUUGACCCAAUUAAAGGAAUACUUCACCCCACAAAAUGACCAUCUGUAUAUUAAUUACUCACCCUGUGUUAUCUUGAUUCUUGAUGAAAACUUUGUUUUUCUCUCUCAGGCCUCCACGGUGAACGGAGAAUCCAAAAACAGACAAAAGUCAAAAAUGUAUUGAAGUGAAUGGGGGCCGUAUUUUACAACAGCAAAACUAUAUCAAAACAUCCGCUUACAAACUCUCACA